CGACGGCGCGUUGGCCCCCCCUUUAGUUCAUCAGACUCGCGAGAUCGCAGUUAGAGUUUCCGUCACGCCAUCAUGUCGGGAAAGAAGCCCAGGAAAAUUCUGGGAAAAGGAAAAGUGAGAAUGCUGCGUUGCGCAGUCAGAGGACCAGUUUUAUCGGCAGACAUGAACCCCAAAACCAGGAUGCCAGAUAAGUCAUGGGCUACAGACCCAGAUAGCCGCGAAGAUGUCACCGGCCCGUUAAAGCGUGAGUGCCUCGCUCUGCACGUGGGGCAGGCCGGGUGCCAGAUGGGAAGCGCCAGCUGGGAACUCCUCUGCCUCGAGCAUGGCAUCAGGCCCGACGGCUCCCUCUGCAAGACCGCCUCAGACAACGCUUCUUUGGGGACGUUCUUCAGCGAGACUGGUUCGGGAAAGUACGUCCCCAGGACAGUGUUCGUGGAUCUCGAACCCGCUGUUAUUAAUCAAGUGCGUAUAGGCACCUAUCGCCAGCUCUUCCACCCUGAGCAGCUGAUUAGUGGAAAGGAGGACGCAGCCAACAAUUAUGCACGAGGCCAUUUCACCAUCGGCAGGGAGGCCAUCAACCUCGUCGUAGAGCAAAUCAGGAAGUUGGCUGACACCUGCACGAACCUCCAGGGCUUCCUGGUGUUCCACUCCUUGGGCGGCGGCACUGGCUCCGGCUUCACCUCCCACCUCAUGGAAAAACUCUCCAUCGACUACGGCAAGAAGAACAAGCUGGAGGUUGCCAUCUACCCUGCCCCGCAGUUGGCCACGGCCGUCGUCGAACCCUACAACUCCAUCUUAGCCACUCACAGUACCUUGGAGCACUUCGACUGCACCUUUAUGGUCGAUAACGAAGCUUUGUACGACAUCUGCCGCAGGGACCUGAACAUCGAGCGCCCCACCUACGCCAACCUGAACCGUCUCAUCGGCCAGGUCGUCUCCUCCAUCACCGCGGCUCUCAGGUUCGACGGCUCCCUCAACACUGACCUGAAGGAGAUACAGACAAACUUGAUUCCAUUUCCAAGGAUCCAUUUUCCUGUCGUAAGCUACUCACCCGUCGUCACCGCCGAAAGGGUCUACCACGAGCGGUUCACAGUCGACAAGAUAACGAAAGCCACGUUCGAGCCCGCGAACCAGAUGGUCAAGUGCGACCCACGCCAUGGCAAGUACAUGGCCUGCUGCUUGUUGUACCGUGGCGACGUCGUGCCCAAAGACGUGAACGCUAGUAUUUCUUCAAUCAAGUGCAAUCGUUCAAUAAAAUUCGUGGACUGGUGUCCAACUGGCAUGAAAUUGGGCAUUAAUGGCCAGCCCCCCACCGUGGUGCCCAACGGCGAUCUGGCCAAGGUGUCCCGCGCCGUCUGCACGCUGUCCAACACCACCGCCAUAGCCGAGGCCUGGGCUCGCCUCAACCGCAAGUUCGACCUAAUGUACGCCAAGCGCGCCUUCGUGCACUGGUACGUCGGAGAGGGCAUGGAGGAGGGUGAGUUCUCCGAGGCCCGCGAGGACCUGGCUGCUCUCGAGAAGGACUAUGAAAAGAUUGGCUUCAACAAUGUGCGCGACGAGGAGCAGGGCGAUGAUCUGUAGGUCAGCCAGGAUGAAUAA